AUGGAGGCUCUGGAGAAGGAAUAUACAAUUCUUAACUAUGGAGUUAGAGCCAUGGCAAUCAAUCUUCCGGGAUUUGCAUACCAUAAAGCACUUAAGGCACGGAAAAAUCUUGUCUCUACAUUUCAAUCCAUUGUGGACGACCGAAGAGCUCAAAGGAAGGCCGGAAACUACGUGGCAAAGAAGAAAGAUAUGAUGGAUGCUCUGCUAGAUGUUGUUGAUGACGAUGGAAGAAAACUUACAGAUGCGGAAAUUAUAGAUGUUCUGUUAAUGUACUUGAAUGCAGGCCAUGAAUCUUCUGGCCAUACAAUGAUGUGGGCCGCCGUUUUCCUACAAAAACACCCAAAAUUUUUCCAGAAAGCUAAGGCAGAGCAAGAAGAGAUUGUAAAAAGGAGGCCACCAACACAGAAGGGCAUGACGUUUAAGGAAUAUCGAGAAAUGGAGUAUCUUUCCCAGGUGAUUGAUGAAACUCUUCGUGUCGUAACAUUCUCCCUUACCGUUUUUCGAGAGGCAAAGAAAGAUGUCAAUAUAAACGGUUAUACCGUUCCUAAAGGCUGGAAAGUUUUGGUCUGGUUCAGGAGCAUUCACUAUGAUUCUGAAAUAUAUCCAAAUCCGUUGGAAUUCAACCCUGAUCGAUGGGAUAACUACACACCCAAACCAUUAACUUUUCUUCCCUUUGGAGCUGGAAGCCGGCUGUGCCCCGGAAAUGAUCUUGCUAAGCUGGAAAUCGCUAUCUUCCUUCACCAUUUCCUCCUCAACUAUAAGAUGGAACCUACAAAUCUGGACGGCCCAUUGAUGUACUUGCCACACACUAGGCCAAAAGACAAUUGCUUGGCAAGAAUCAAGAAAUGUGGAUCUGCAUAG